CAGCAUCCCCCCCAUCCUGCAUCUGUUCCAGCAAUCCAUCCUCCCGUCUCUCGUCUCUGCUCCCGCAUUCCGCCACCAUGAGUCUCGAUAUCACCGCCCCCAAGAACCCCAUCUACCACUUCGAGCUUGAGUUCGAGAAGCACGAGGUUGUUCCCGGCGAUGUCAUCACUGGCAACAUCAUCAUCGACUCGCACCACGAUCUCAACGCCGUCAACGACAUUGUUAUCGCCUUCGAGGGUGUUCAGUACCACAUCCAGCCCCCCAAUGCCGCCCAGACCGGCUCCAAGGGCAGCCACCAGCGCAAGAUUGGCCUUUUCGGCAUCAAGAACCACGCCCACGACGACGACCCCUCGAACCUCAACCACCACCCCUCUUUCCCCCACGAGAUUGUCUCGUCCUCCGUGACCAAGGUCUGGACCAUCCCCGCCGAGGACGGAGGCAUCAUCAAGCCCGGCCACCACACCUUCCCCUUCACCAUCAACGUUCCCUCCACCCUGCCCGUCACCGCCGCCGCUGCCGACGACAAGGAGGUCAAGCUGAUCACCUACCGCAUCCGCGCCAUCAUCGAGCGUGCUCCUCGCGCCAUCCUUGGCAACAUCGAUGCCGCUGCUCACGUUGCUGUCGUGCCCAACUAAGGGAACCUGCAAUGAUCUGUCGCGUCAUCAGAGUCGCUUUGAGGUCGCUUGAGGGUUGCGCAGACCUUGCCGCCAUCCACGGCGGCUUUGCAUAUAUGCUGCUUGACUGCGUACAUACUUGUUAAUAUACACAAUUGCAACAAA